CGAACAGUUUUGCUUGCAAGUGGUCGACUCAAACCUAGCCUGGAUCUGUAGCUCUCUUGUUGAAGCAAAAGAUGUUUUGUUCCUUUCUGUUCCACCAUGCUAGAUAGCUACAGGCUGAGAAGUGCAUGCAGUUUGCCUUUUAUUUAUAGUAAGAGACUAAAUGCUGUUGGAACUAGUAAUGCAGAUCUUCCUUCAGAGGAUCCCGGGAUGUACCAGUUGGACAUCACAUUAAGAAGAGGUCAAAAUUUAGCAGCACGUGAUCGAGGGGGGACAAGUGAUCCCUAUGUGAAGUUCAAAAUUGGAGGAAAAGAAGUUUUUAGAAGCAAAACAAUACACAAGAACCUCAACCCUGUGUGGGAGGAAAAAGCUUGCCUUCUUAUUGAUCAUCCUGGGGAUCCAUUGUACAUCAAGGUCUUUGAUUAUGACUUUGGGCUGCAGGAUGACUUCAUGGGCUCUGCCUUUUUGGAUCUCACUUUAUUGGAGUUGAAAAGGUCAACAGAUGUGACCCUUAAUCUGAAAGAUCCACAUCACCCUGACCAUGACCUGGGAACAAUUUUGCUCACUGUCAACCUGACCCCAAAAGAAGGUGAACAGAAGGAUGUGACCAUGCUAAUGAGGAAGAGUUGGAAAAGAUCAAGCAAGUUUCAGACCCAAAGUUUACGGCUGUCAGAUCUGCACAGGAAAUCUCACCUGUGGAGAGGGAUCGUCAGUAUCACUUUAAUAGAAGGAAAAGGUCUUAAGGCCAUGGAUUCAAAUGGACUGAGUGAUCCUUAUGUGAAAUUCCGGCUUGGACAUCAGAAGUACAAGAGUAAGAUUAUGCCAAAAACUUUAAAUCCUCAAUGGAGGGAGCAGUUUGACUUCCAUCUCUAUGAAGAGCGAGGGGGAAUAAUUGAAGUUACUGCAUGGGACAAAGAUGCAGGGAAGAGGGAUGACUUCAUUGGCAGGUGCCAGAUUGACCUGUCGGUCCUCAGCAAAGAACAGACUCACAAGCUGGAGCUGCAACUGGAAGAAGGGGAGGGAUACUUGGUGCUUCUGGUCACCUUGACAGCCUCUACGACCGUCAGCAUCUCUGACCUCUCCGUCAACUCCUCGGAGGACCAGAAGGAGCGAGAGGCGAUAUUAAAAAGAUAUAGUCCAAUGCGAAUGUUUCACAACCUGAAAGACGUGGGAUUUCUCCAGGUGAAGGUCAUCAGAGCAGAAGGGCUGAUGGCAGCCGAUGUCACAGGUAAAAGUGAUCCAUUUUGUGUGGUUGAACUGAACAAUGACAGACUACUAACCCACACAGUCUACAAAAACCUCAAUCCUGAAUGGAACAAAGUUUUCACAUUCAAUAUUAAAGAUAUCCACUCAGUUCUGGAAGUGACAGUUUAUGAUGAAGAUCGAGAUCGAAGCGCCGACUUCCUAGGCAAAGUCGCCAUACCGCUACUGUCUAUUCAAAAUGGUGAACAGAAAGCCUACGUCUUGAAAAACAAGCAGCUGACAGGGCCAACAAAGGGGGUCAUCUAUCUUGAAAUAGAUGUGAUUUUUAAUGCUGUGAAAGCCAGCAUACGAACAUUAAUACCCAAAGAACAGAAGUACAUUGAAGAGGAAAACAGACUUUCUAAACAGCUGCUGCUAAGAAACUUUAUCCGCACGAAACGUUGCGUCAUGGUCCUCGUCAACGCCGCCUACUACGUUAACAGUUGCUUUGAUUGGGAUUCACCUCCAAGGAGUCUUGCUGCUUUUGUGCUCUUUCUCUUUGUUGUGUGGAACUUUGAGCUCUACAUGAUACCGCUGGUUUUGUUGUUACUAUUGACAUGGAACUACUUCUUGAUAAUAUCAGGGAAAGAUAACAGGCAACGUGACACAGUAGUGGAGGACAUGUUAGAGGACGAGGAAGAAGAGGAUGACAAAGAUGACAAGGAUGGCGAAAAGAAGGGAUUUAUCAAUAAAAUCUAUGCCAUCCAGGAAGUGUGUAUCAGUGUCCAGAACAUCCUUGAUGAAGUGGCUUCCUUUGGAGAGCGGAUAAAGAAUACCUUCAACUGGACUGUCCCGUUCUUAAGCUGGCUGGCCAUAUUCGCCCUCAGUGUGUUCACAGUCAUCCUGUAUUUCAUUCCACUGAGAUACAUUGUCCUUGUCUGGGGGAUCAAUAAAUUUACAAAGAAGCUCCGGAAUCCAUAUGCAAUUGAUAACAGUGAGCUACUUGACUUCCUCUCGCGAGUUCCUUCAGAUGUGCAAGUGGUGCAAUACCAAGAACUGAAACAAGAUCCCAGUCACAGCCCUAGUAGGAGGAAGAAAAACAAUCUGGGCUAGCCGAGGAGACCAGCAUCUGUUUGGGGAAGAUAAAAGACAAAAAAAAAAGCCACAGCCUCCGCAGCAUUUCCUUUCUUUACCUUUUUUCUUAAUUUAUUUUGCCUCUUUAUGACGACGAAGAGAAUGUGUAAAUAGUGUACAAAGGCACAUACAUACGUUGAAAAUAUACUUACCAUUGUACAGAAUCAAUUUGCUAAAGGUUUCGAGCUUGGCUUCUGCUGUUGUGAAAGCCUCGUUAGCCAUGGAGGAUAAUGUAAUGCGUUAAGCGAUCCGAUGUAAAGAUGGUAAUGCUGAUAGAUUCGUUCUAAUUAAUAGAAAGGCCAGAACACCAGUUAGAGUAUUCAGCUGUGCUUUGAUUAAAUCUACAAACAUGUAAAUCUCAAUCUGAUUAGAAAAGGUAAAUGCGGUUUUUUUAUGUGAAUAUUUUUAUCCGAGAAGUAAUCCAUUGCUGUUUUCUAGGUUUUAUACAUUUCAACAGGAACAAAACAAAAAUCAGAGUAAUGGAACCUACUCCGAUGCAGUUUUACCCAGAUUCUGUACCUUGGGCCCUGUCGGUGCAGUUUGUUUGCAUUCGAGAAGGGCUGCUUGGAAAGGUGCACGACUCCUAAAGAGAACCUUCAAACAACUCUUCCUGGAGUUCCAUAAAAGAAACCAAGUCAUUCUACCAUUCCAUCAGAUACCUUUACAGCCGAUUUGCAUCUUAAAAAUAAGUACUGCCAAGUUUAUAAUUGAUUGCAUAUCUCCUUUUUAUAUCUACCACUGGCAUUCAUUUGUACCAACUCAGCUACACAGUCCACUUGUGGAAAAAGCCGAGCAAACCAAAUCCGUAUUGCUUUUGGUGUCAGGUUAUGAACACCCUUUGUGCAUUAAAAAGAACUUUAAUAUUAACCUGCUCUUAGAGUUAGAGGAUCUGGGUUUGCCUCCAAAUGACAAAGUCCUAAUAAAAAUGCUUUAAUGCAUAUUAAUUUACCUGUUGCCAUUGGGAGCUGGAGCAUAAGGCAAUAUGCUAGGUUGUGUGUUGGCAUUUGAUCUCCUUAGUUUCUGAAAUAAUUCCUUCUCCUCUCCAGUUUGCCUUAUUGCAUGAAAACCCAUUUUGUAAACUCAGCUUCUCAAUUUGGGGGGAGAAAAAAGUUUCCCUUUCAAUAUGUUCCCUAUUUGCAGAAUCAACGCUUAGGAUUGUAUUCUCAGGUCUCCCGCAUGGUGGUCUCCAUAACUAACUAAAUCCCUAGUUAUCAAGAAGAGUAAGAGCAGUGGGAAUCUCACCCCGGAUGAUUUUUCUCCGGAGGGGUAUUCUCUACUUAAUAACCCCUCUGUGAGGGGUUCUCGCUGUCCUUACUUGCUAGGGGACCAAGUUUUGUUUGGAAUCGCUAUCAAGAGAGUUUUGCACUACUGUAACUGUUGAUUUUGAAGAGAGAGGAUUAUUGUGAGAUGUAAAGAGAAACUGGGAAAAUUGCGUGUGUGUGUAUGUGUGUGUGUUGGGGGGUGGAUUGUGUACUUAUGUGUAAAGGAUUAUUCCUUAAAAAUGCACUUAUAAGCUGAUCUUGAAAAUUAUUUGUAUUUUAAGGAUUUGUUGCAAUUUACCGUUUCUAAAGAUAAAACCAUUUUGAUCUUUUCCACGUAUUCAAUGUGCUUGAGAGGGUGCCAAGUCAGAUUCUCUCUCCACAGAAUGGGUCCAGUUUAAAUGUACUCUGUUCAGCUCAUCCUGUUUGUGGCGAACGAUUGAAAGUACACACAUCCCAUACUGUCCCUGUGUAUUGCUGAGAAACAAUACACCUUGGAUGGUCGACACAGAAAAGUUUGUGAAUGGGACUUAUUUCGUAUCACAAAGAACCUUCAUCUCGAUUGCUUGUAAAAUGGUUCCCGACUGAUGUCUGCAGACCUCAGAUGUACUGCAAGCUUCAGAUGCACUCACUUGAUAUUAACCAUUAUCCAUGUGUAAAUUCCUGUUAGUUUUACUGUACUGAAUUCCAGAUGUUUACUUCAGUGGCACUUAUGCACAUUUACUGCAUUAAACAAAAAGAGAAUGGCCAUUUCUAAAUAUAUCAGCGUUGUGUCA